AUGGUGCAGAAUAUUGGGCAAGCACUGGAAAAAUGGGGUUUCUUCCGGGUGAUCAACCAUGGGGUCCCUGAGAGCCUUUUGGAGGAGGCGAUCAAUGGGUCGCACAGGUUCUUCGCUCAGGAGACGGCGGCCAAGAAAGGAUUUUACACUAGAGAUUUUGCGAAGAGGGUCAUAUACAAGAGCAACAUGGGACUUUAUAAUUCAGUAGCUGCUGAUUGGAGGGACAGACGUGCGAACACGGGCGCCGCUUGUCGCGACAAGAUGGUGCAGAAUAUUGGGCAAGCACUGGAAAAAUGGGGUUUCUUCCGGGUGAUCAACCAUGGGGUCCCUAAGAGCCUUUUGGAGGAGGCGAUCAAUGGGUCGCACAGGUUCUUCGCUCAGGAGACGGCGGCCAAGAAAGGAUUUUACACUAGAGAUUUUGCGAAGAGGGUCAUAUACAAGAGCAACAUGGGACUUUAUAAUUCAGUCGCUGCUGAUUGGAGGGACAGUAUAUUUUGCUUCAUGGGACCUGAGCCUCCCCAGCCCCAGGAGUUGCCCGAAGCUUGCAGAGAAAUGCUGAUGGAGUACUCAAAGCAUGUGAUGAGACUGGGCUCGUCUGUUUGA